CGUGGCGAGUGCUUGGCGCGAUAGUGGUCAGAGGUGAGCUGUAAGGGAAUAGUCGGCUGUUGUCCGGAAUCGUGUAGUCCAUUUAUUGUUUGGUUUGUUUUAACGCAUCGACACAUGGAUCUUGCAGCACAAGCAUCUGAUAAUUCAGGACAAAUUAUCAAGGAUGAUUUGGCAGAAAAAUGCCAGAAACUAUUUCAAGUGUUCUUAGAAGAAUUUCAGAACAGUGACGGCGAAGUGAAGUAUUUGCGCGAUGCGGAGGAGCUUAUCCGGCCGGAGAGGAACACGCUGCUGGUGAGCUUCCAGGACCUGGAGCAGUUCAACCAGGAGCUGGCGACCACUAUUCAGGAGGAAUUCUACAGAGUUUAUCCUUAUUUGUGCCGGUCCGUACGAAAUUUUGCUCGUGAUCACGGAAAUGUUCCUCUCAGCAAGGAGUUUUACGUGGCAAUACAGGACUUGCCAACAAGACACAAGAUCCGUGAGCUGACGACCGCCCGGAUUGGCACGCUGAUCCGGAUCAGUGGUCAGGUGGUGCGCACCCACCCUGUGCACCCCGAGCUGGUCAGCGCCACCUUCUUGUGCCUGGACUGCCAGAUGCUAGUGCGUGACGUGGAGCAGCAGUUUAAGUACACGCAGCCCAACAUCUGCCGCAACCCAGUGUGCAACAACCGGCGGCGCUUCAUGCUCGACACCAACAAGUCCAAGUUCAUAGACUUCCAGAAGGUGCGUAUCCAGGAGACACAGGCUGAGCUGCCGCGGGGCUCCAUUCCCCGCAGUGUGGAGGUCAUCCUGAGGGCCGAGGCUGUGGAGUCCGCACAGGCUGGGGACAAGUGCGACUUUGUGGGCAUGCUGAUUGUGGUUCCGGACGUGGCCAUGCUAGCCAAUCCAGGUGUCCGUGCAGAGACCAGCUCCCGCACGGCCGGCGCUCAGGGCUACGAGAACGAAGGAAUCCGCGGUCUGAAGGCUUUGGGGGUCCGAGACCUUUCAUACAAGCUGGCCUUCCUGGCCUGCCAUGUGGCACCUACUAACCCCAGGUUCGGUGGGAAGGAGAUCCGAGAUGAGGAGCAGACUGCAGAGGGUAUUAAGAACCAGAUGACGGUGAAGGAGUGGGAGAAGGUCUUUGAGAUGAGUCAAGACAAGAACCUAUACCAUAAUCUGUGUACCAGCCUCUUCCCCACCAUUCACGGUAACGACGAGGUAAAAAGAGGUAUUCUGCUCAUGCUGUUCGGCGGAGUGCCCAAGACCACCAUGGAGGGCACGUCUCUCCGAGGGGAUGUCAAUGUUUGCGUUGUGGGAGACCCCAGCACUGCCAAGAGCCAGUUCCUCAAGCACGUAGAGGAGUUCUCGCCCCGUGCCGUCUACACCAGCGGCAAGGCUUCCAGUGCCGCCGGUCUGACUGCAGCCGUGGUCCGGGACGAAGAGUCGCACGAGUUCGUCAUCGAAGCCGGGGCCCUCAUGCUGGCCGACAACGGUGUCUGCUGCAUAGACGAGUUUGACAAGAUGGAGAUGAAGGACCAGGUGGCCAUCCAUGAAGCCAUGGAGCAGCAGACCAUCUCCAUCACCAAAGCAGGCGUCAAGGCCACACUUAAUGCCCGAACCUCCAUUCUAGCGGCCGCUAAUCCCGUCGGCGGUCGGUACGACCGCUCUAAGUCUCUGAAGCAGAAUGUAAAUCUGACUGCACCCAUCAUGUCCAGAUUUGAUCUGUUCUUCAUCUUGGUAGAUGACUGCAAUGAGGUGACAGAUUACGCCAUAGCCAGACGUAUAGUCGACCUCCACUCCAGAAUUCAGGAGUCUAUCGAUAGGCUCUACACCUUGGAGGAGAUCCGUCGAUACCUUCUCUUUGCCAGACAGUUCAAGCCAAAGAUUUCUAAGGAGUCUGAGGACUUCAUCGUGGAGCAGUACAAGCGUCUGCGUCAGAGGGACGGAUCUGGCAUCAGCAAGUCAGCCUGGAGGAUCACCGUGAGGCAGCUGGAAAGCAUGAUUCGUCUCUCCGAGGCCAUGGCGCGGAUGCACUGCUGCGAUGAGGUGCAGCCAAAACAUGUGAAGGAGGCCUUCAGGCUACUGAACAAAUCCAUCAUCCGGGUGGAAACACCGGAUGUUAAUCUGGAGCAGGAGGAUGAGCAGCAGGAAGAAGAUGAGGAAGCUGACCUUGUGAAUGGUCACGGAGAAGCUGGUGGCGUGAAUGGACACGCUGAGACCCCGGAGAACGGUGAUGCGGCAAAGCCGUCUCUCAGACUUUCCUUUGCUGAGUAUCGCCGCAUCUCCAACCUGGUGGUUCUGCAUCUGCGCAAAGAGGAGGAAAACGACAAUGAAGCUGCUCUGAAGAAGUGUGAGGUGAUAAACUGGUACCUGAAGGAAAUUGAGUCUGAAAUUGACUCAGAAGAAGAGCUUAUAAACAAGAAGACGAUCAUUGAGAAAGUCGUCCACAGACUGAUUCACUACGACCACAUUCUCAUCGAACUGGCCCAGUCUGGACUGAAGGGCUCGUCAGAAGCAGCCGUCCCAGAGUCGCAGGCAGAAGAGACGGUCCUGGUCGUGAACCCCAACUACAGCCUUGAGGACUAGUAACUUUAAAUAACUUGAAGACAAUGUGUUUGAAAUGUGACAGGUGGUGUGAAGAUGUUUUUUGAGAUUUCAUUUAUGUAAAUAUGUUUUUAGUUUCUGCAUGACGUUGCUGUUUUAAUAUACAGAACUUCAGUUUUGUAGCUUUUUUGAUGGUUUUUACCUGAAAUGUAAUAUUACAGCUUCAUCUUUUAUUUUUGAUCUUGGCAACGGAACUUAAUGCUUUAUUAGGUAAAUUUAACUGUACCUUUUAUAGAGACAUCUUCAAAACAUAAUGAAUAAACCUGAACGAUAUGAGCCAAGUAUUUUUUUUUUUCCUGUGCAUUAUAUAUUUUACCUAUUUGUGACAUUUUAAAAUAGGAGCAUUGUUCACAUGUGAGGGAAGGAGGGAGAGGGAGAUCGGCUGAUCGGCGGUUGCCGUAUCGCUUCCGUGGAGCCGCAGGGAAAAGCUAGAGAUUGACUGCCUGCUUUGUGUAUGUUCCUAACCUCGCCUUUGGUCUCGAGCUUUGGUUAGUGACUGGAAGGAUGCAAUCGCGUGUACAAGCAGCGGAAAUCAGAACUCCUGCCCAGUUCACUCAAAAUCACUCCAGUUUCCCCAUUGCAGAAGGAAACAUCUUUAUUUCUGCAGUGAUCCCUCACAAUCCACUCCUUUUGAUAUACUUCCCAUAUAUGGUGCCAUGUAAGUGAAAAUAUAUUUGUGAAGCAUAAAUUUAUUAUGCACAUAGUUUCCAGACGAAUUAAUGCUUAAAUUAAUACAUGUACAUCGGUAAGACUGCAAAAUCUUACUGUAAUUCAAUGAGACGGUGUUGGUGCUAUAACGUCUGCAAUGCAGCAGAUGGCGCUGUUAUGACUCACGGCAGGACACGUUCCGCGGUGUAUCGAUGGUAUUUGGGUUUUUUUUUUUGCACAUGCGCAAGUGCAAGUCAGUGUUACAACAUGGCAGCGUUUUACGGGAAACAUACGAGAUCGGUAGUAGAAAAGGGGUUUUGUAUACUCUCUGACCGAUAUCCAUGGAGCCGUCGGCUUACAGCACUGGAUGCCCCUUGCGUCGGGGCUGCCCAUCGUUUGCCGCACAGUCGCUCAUUGCAAUGGAGUUGGGGGAGCACACUAAUGACUGCCAAAGCGAAUCCACAGAAAACGAACGAAUCCUUUAAUAUUCCACCUGAAGAACCCGAGUACAUUCCGAAAAGGAAAGCAAAAAACCCAAUGGUUAAAAUUGGAUAUGCCUGGAUGAUCGGACUGCCAUCCGGGAUAAUAGGUUUUCUUCUAGCUAAGAGGGCGGUUGACAAGAACCGCCUCAAGCAAUUAAAAAUAAGACAACGCAUGAAGAAGUCUAAUGAAGGGGAGUACGAGAGCGAACGAUAUGGGCCCAUUUCAAAAGCAGAAUGAAAUAUCGCAGUUUUCCGGAUCUGCUAGCAUAUUCUAAUGUCAUGCAGUACACACCGACAUAUAUGUACGACGUGAAAAUUACAUCUCUCAGAUCUUGUGUAGUGAGAUAUUCAUAGGGAUGGACUUUAGAUCUUAUUGAGUAUAGUGGUGUACCUAUGCUCAAGGUAAUUCUGAUAUAUGUUACACAGUGCUGUAACUUUGUCAUGUGUUCCUAAUUUAAGGUAGCACAUGUAAGUUAAUUUACACCACUGUCAUUAAUUUAUUUCUGGCUUUAAAGAUAUCUGUCUAUAAUCUUCAUAUUCACAAUAUUUUCAAUAAAGAAAAGUUAAGCAGUA